CUCUCCUUUUCCAUUUUCCUGAUUUCUGUCUCUCCUCUCCUCUCCUCUCCUCUCUUCCUGAAAGAAAAAAAAAACAAUCCAGCUCUCUUCCACAAACUCUGCUCUUUUUAUACCUCAAGCCUUCCAUUUCUUCUGUCACAACAGUUUCAAUCAAAUAUCAAUCUCGUGUAUUGUCUUUCUCCUGCUGUGGUUGCUCUAUUAAUUCUUUAUCUGCCUUUGCUCAAUUCCCAUCUAUUUCUGGAAAAAAGAAGUUGGAAAUGGUUGACAUUGUUAUUUCCGUUGCAGCAAAAGUUGCAGAGUACCUGGUUGGUCCAAUUAUACGUCCACUGGGUUAUGUGGUUAACUACCGUCACAACAUUACGGAUCUCAACCAAAAAAUUCAGAGUCUCCAUCUUGAAAGGGAGAGGCUGCAGAUACCUGUGGAUGAUGCUAAUAGGCAAGGGGAUGAAAUCUUUUCUGAUGUUCAGGAGUGGCUGACGUAUGCCGAAGGGAUCAUCCAAAAGAGAGAUGAUUUCAAUGAAGAUGAAAGGAAAGCAAGCAAGAGCUGUUUCUAUUUAAAGUCCCGCUACCAGCUAAGCAAGCAAGCAAAGAAGCAGGCUGCGGAGAUUGUUGAUAAAAUCCAAGAAGCUCAUAACUUUGGUGGCAGAGUAUCGCAUCGCCCUCCUCCUCCUCCUCCUCCAUUCAUCAGCUCUGCAUCUUUCAAAGAUUAUGAGGCUUUCCAGUCAAGAGAGUCUACUUUUAACCAAAUUAUGGAGGCCUUGAGAAACGAAGAUAUGCGCAUGCUCGGUGUCUGGGGAAUGGGCGGCGUGGGCAAAACCACUCUUGUCAAACAAGUAGCUCAACAAGCGGAGGAAGACAAGCUCUUUCACAAGGUGGUCAUGGUGUUACACAUAUCCCAAACUCCCAACAUCACAGAAAUUCAAGAAAAAAUUGCAAGAAUGUUGGGUUUGAAAUUUGAGGCGGGGGAGGAUAGAGCAGGUCGCCUGAUGCAAAGGUUGAAGAGAGAGAAGAAAAUCCUGGUGAUCUUAGAUGAUAUCUGGGAGAAACUUGGGUUGGGAAAAAUAGGAAUUCCUUAUGGAGAUGAUCACAAGGGGUGCAAAGUGCUGCUGACUUCCCGGGAGCGUCAGGUUUUAUCUAAAGAUAUGUGUACUCAAAAGGAGUUCCAUCUUCAACAUUUAAGUGAAGAUGAAGCCUGGAAUUUAUUCAAGAAGACAGCAGGUGAUUCCGUGGAGAAGCCUGAACUGCGUCCCAUAGCAGUUGAUGUAGCUAAAAAAUGUGACGGUCUACCAGUUGCAAUUGUCACCAUUGCAAAUGCAUUAAGAGGUGAGAUGGUGGGUGUAUGGGAGAAUGCGUUGGAAGAACUGAGAAGGUCUGCACCAACAAACAUCAGAGGAGUAACUGAAGGCGUCUACUCAUGUCUGGAGCUGAGCUACAACCAUUUGGAAGGUGAUGAAGUAAAGUCAUUGUUUUUACUUUGCGCUUUGCUGGGGGAUGGUGAUAUUUCCAUGGAUCGCUUGCUACAAUUUGCUAUGUGUUUGAAUUUGUUUGAAAGAACAUAUUCAUGGGAGAAAGCAAUAAAUAAACUAAUUACAUUGGUGGAAAACCUCAAAGUCUCAAGCUUGUUGCUUGACCAUGAAGGAGAUGGUGAUAGCUCUUCGAGCUUGCUUUUUGAUCAAGCUUUUGUCAGAAUGCAUGAUGUUGUUCGUGAUGUUGCCAGAUCAAUUGCAUCCAAAGAUCCUCAUCGAUUUGUGGUGAGAGAAGCUGUUGGAUCACAUGAAGCUGUUGAAUUACGAGAAUGGCAGAGGACGGAUGAGUGCAGAAAUUGCACUCGCAUCUCUUUGAUAUGCAGAAAUAUGGAUGAGCUUCCACAAGGCUUGGUAUGUCCGCAACUUGAAUUCUUUUUAUUGAAUUCAAGUAAUGAUGAUCCUUAUUUGAAAAUUCCAGAUGCCUUUUUCCAAGACACCAAACAACUCAGAAUUUUAGAUUUGUCUAAAGUGUCUCUUACACCAUCUCCUUCAUCACUUGGUUUUCUUUCAAAUCUUCAAACAUUGCGUCUAAAUCAAUGCCAGAUCCAAGACAUAACAGUAAUUGGAGAACUGAAGAAACUACAAGUCCUUAGUUUGGCAGAGUCCAACAUUGAACAGCUGCCAAAUGAAGUGGCGCAAUUGAGUGAUCUAAGGAUGUUGGAUUUGCGGUAUUGCGAUAGCCUUGAAGUAAUUCCACGAAAUGUUAUAUCAAGUCUAUCCCAAUUAGAGUAUUUGAGUAUGAAAGGAAGUUUUCGUAUUGAAUGGGAGGCGGAAGGAUUUAAUAGGGGAGAAAGAAUUAAUGCUUGCCUUUCUGAGCUGAAACACCUGUCUAGUUUGAGGACUUUGGAGUUACAACUAUCAAAUCUCAGUUUGUUUCCAGAAGAUGGCGUGCCCUUCGAAAACCUCAACUUGACCAGAUAUUCAAUAGUAAUAAGCCCUUACCGGAUACGAAAUGAUGAGUAUAAAGCCUCCUCAAGAAGGUUGGUGUUUCAAGGGGUUACAAGUCUUUAUAUGGUGAAGUGCUUCUCCAAGCUGUUGAAGAGAAGUCAAGUUCUAGACUUGGGGGAAUUGGAUGAUACUAAGCAUGUGGUUUAUGAGUUAGACAAGGAGGGUUUCGUUGAACUCAAGUAUCUCACUCUCUCUGGAUGUCCUACCGUUCAAUACAUCCUUCAUUCCAGUACUUCAGUGGAAUGGGUUCCACCACCUAAUACCUUCUGUAUGUUGGAGGAACUGAUCCUUGAUGGCCUAGAUAACUUGGAGGCAGUAUGCCAUGGCCCAAUUCCGAUGGGGUCUUUUGGUAACUUAAGAAUUCUAAGGCUAGAGAGUUGUGAGAGGUUGAAAUAUGUUUUCUCUCUUCCCACACAACAUGGAAGGGAAUCAGCUUUUCCUCAACUGCAACAUUUGGAGUUGAGUGAUCUCCCAGAGCUCAUUAGCUUCUACUCCACAAGAUGCAGUGGUACCCAGGAGUCAAUGACAUUUUUCAGUCAACAGGCUGCAUUCCCUGCCUUGGAGUCCUUGCGUGUACGUCGUCUAGAUAAUCUGAAAGCAUUGUGGCACAACCAACUUCCAGCAAAUUCCUUUUCCAAACUAAAGGGCUUGGAAUUAAAUGGCUGUGAUGAAUUGCUGAAUGUUUUUCCCCUUUCCGUGGCGAAAGUCCUUGUGCAACUUGAGGACCUAAAGAUAUCCUUUUGUGAAGUACUAGAGGCAAUUGUUGCUAAUGAGAAUGAAGAUGAAGCAACAUCUUUAUUCUUAUUCCCUAGACUAACCUCUCUCACACUCAAUGCUUUACCCCAACUCCAAAGAUUUUGCUUCGGAAGGUUUACUUCAAGAUGGCCACUUUUAAAAGAAUUGGAAGUGUGGGAUUGUGAUAAAGUGGAGAUACUAUUUCAAGAAAUAGGUUUGAAAAGUGAACUUGACAACAAAAUUCAACAGUCGCUCUUCUUGGUUGAAAAGGUUGCACUCCCAGGCUUGGAGUCCUUGUUUGUAGGCACACUGGAUAAUAUAAGAGCAUUGCGGCCUGACCAACUUCCAGCAAAUUCAUUUUCCAAAUUAAGGAAAUUGGAAGUAAUUCUAUGCAACAAAUUGCUAAAUCUUUUUCCGCUUUCUGUGGCGAGUGCUCUUGUGCAACUUGAGGACCUAUGGAUAUCGUGGAGUGGAGUGGAGGCAAUUGUUGCCAAUGAAAAUGAAGAUGAAGCAGCACCUUUACUCUUAUUCCCUAACCUUACCUCUCUCACACUCCGUUAUUUACACCAACUCAAAAGAUUUUGCUCUGGAAGGUUUAGUUCAAGCUGGCCACUUCUUAAAAAAUUGGAAGUGGACAAUUGUGAUAAAGUGGAGAUACUCUUUCAACAAAUAAGUUUGGAAUGUGAACUUGAGCCACUCUUCUGGGUAGAACAGGUUGCAUUCCCAGGCUUGGAGUCCUUGUCUGUAUGCAACCUACAUAAUAUAAGAGCAUUGUGGCCUGACCAACUUCCAGCAAAUUCAUUUUCCAAAUUAAGGAAAUUGCGAGUAAGUAAAUGCAACAAAUUGCUAAAUCUUUUUCCGCUUUCUGUGGCGAGUGCUCUUAUGCAACUUGAGGACCUACAUAUAUCGGGGGGUGAAGUGGAGGCAAUUGUUACCAAUGAAAAUGAAGAUGAAGCAGCACCUUUACUUUUAUUCCCUAACCUUACCUCUCUCACACUCCGUUAUUUACACCAACUCAAAAGAUUUUGCUCUGGAAGGUUUAGUUCAAGUUGGCCACUUUUGAAUAAAUUGGAAGUGCUCGAUUGUGAUAAAGUGGAGAUACUCUUUCAACAAAUAAUUUUGGAAUGUGAACUUGAGCCACUCUUCUGGGUAGAACAGGUUGCACUCCCAGGCUUGGAGUCCUUGUAUACAGACGAACUAGAUAAUAUAAGAGCAUUGUGUCCUGACCAACUUCCAGCAAAUUCAUUUUCCAAAUUAAGGAAAUUGCAAGUAAGGGGAUGCAACAAAUUGCUAAACCUUUUUCCGGUUUCUGUGGCGAGUGCUCUUGUGCAACUUGAGGACCUAUAUAUAUCGGCGAGUGGAGUGGAGGCAAUUGUUGCCAAUGAAAAUGAAGAUGAAGCAGCAUCUUUACUCUUAUUCCCUAACCUUACCUCUCUCACACUCUUCAGUUUACACCAACUGAAAAGAUUUUGCUCUGGAAGGUUUAGUUCCAGCUGGCCACUUCUGAAAGAAUUGGAAGUGGUCGAUUGUGAUAAAGUGGAGAUACUCUUUCAACAAAUAAAUUUGGAAUGUGAACUUGAGCCACUCUUCUGGGUAGAACAGGGUUAUAAAGAGGAAGAUUCUGAAAAAUUGGAUUCUAUCAAUUCAGAUUUUAGGGAUGAGGAUUUUGAAGAAGACUGAUUUCAUUUUUCGAAUGCAAAACAAGGAAGAGGUGUUUGGUUUUUCUACAUAGUCUAUGUGAGUGAAACACCGCCUUCAAUUGCCUUUUUUUUUCUUUUGUGCAUGUAUAUUAUUACAUCUUUGAAGGGCCUUGUUCUUAAUGUCCUUUUUUAGGUAUGUUGGACUUUUUAUUUUGAGGAGAUGCAUAGAUUAACAUUUGUGGUAGAGAAAUGUCUGCUAAUGAUGUUUCCUUUAUUUAAAUCGACUUUGGAAGGAUUU